GAACCAUCAGAUACACGUUUCAAACAAUGUUCAAUGAUGUGGCUAACCGCAGGUAAACUUGAAAUUGAGAACACGUGGCAGACAGUAACAUGUGAUCGAAAAAAAGAACUAAUGUUGCACAUUUGCGAACAAAGAAAAGACGGCUCUCAGGAAAAACGGAAAGUCCAUUUAGCGGAUUGUUUUGAAUCUAGUGCAAGUCACUACAAGGGUAACGUAUCUAUAACCAGAUAUGGCCAUACCUGUCAAAGAUGGGACUCUCAGUUGCCAAACGAGCAUAAUUUCACUGACCAUGCUGACUUUCCGGAUGAAACACUCACUGACGCUUCUAAUCAUUGUCGUUCUCCUGACAACGAUCACACACCUUGGUGUUUCGUGAUGGAUUCUAUGAUAGUCUGGGAUUAUUGCGAAGUCAAAUUAUGUACCUCUGACGAAGAUAUUCAACCACCAAAAGAUCCGGUGACACUGUUUAGAUGUAAGAGUGGAGAAUGGAUGUCUCAUACAGUUGAAUGUAAUGGUAUCGCUGAAUGUUUGGAUAAAUCUGAUGAGGCUAACUGCACCACUGGCGAUACCACAUGUAAAGAUGACGAAUUUACAUGCACUGACGGGCGAUGUAUACACGUUUUUCAAAUUUGCGAUUUCAAUGCUGACUGUAAUGAUGCUUCCGAUGAAUUCUGUGUCUUCCCUGCCUGUGAUUAUGAAACAGAAUAUAGAUGUGACAGUGGACAGUGUAUAUCAAACGAAGAUAGAUGUGACUCGAUCAAACAAUGUACAGAUGGUAGCGACGAGAACUUCUGUGAAAAGUGCAACACCGACCGAGCAUUCCAAUGCGAUGAUAAAACAUGCAUUUCAAAACGGUUAAAAUGUGAUUUACAUACCGAUUGUUUGGACGGCGCAGACGAAGAUUCAGCUAUGUGUACACACAUAUACACAACAUGUGACGAUGUCUGGCAAGACGGAUUAACUGAAGAUGGAAUAUAUCCAAUAGGUGACGCCGGUUACAGAGCUCGAUGCAGUCUAAAUAGAACAUCUGGGUUCUUGUCUAUGGAAUUUUUAAACAACGACUGGAGGAGACUAGGAGAGAGGAAUUUUCAUAUAGACAUACCAGAUAGAUCCGUUCUGGAUGGUCCAAACGCUCAUGGAUAUCUUUGUACACAACAGUAUGAUAACGUCCCUCAUCGGGAUGUGCAGAGGACAAUGAUGAUAGAAAACUCUACCUUAGAGGCGAUUUCACACAUUUAUGAAUUAAACUUUGGAAGAAGAACGUACAGGCCAUUGUAUUACAAUUUUACUGUGAUACUAAGGAGUAUGACGCUGCGUUUACACGAUGGUUUUGAAAAUAGAAUUAAGAUCCACAACCUGAAGUGCAAGAAGGGUUUGGGUUUGUGGGAUACUACAUCAUUUUGUGAGAAAGGCCAGAAAUCAAGUAAACAAUAUCGUUGGUGUGAGUAUGGUAUUGAUGAAUUAUUUUACAUCGGCGACUCGUGUGACCAGAUGAAUGGAUGUGGUUUAAACAGAUGGAAUGAAAAUAUAUAUUGUUCAGUGGGAAAGUCUACUGAAUCUACAAAAGAGUGCCUAUAUGAUCUUGAUGAAAACGGCAUAACCACUGGGUGCCGAUCACUGAACCAUUUACAAAAUUGCGAAAACGUGUCCUGUCCUGCUCAACACUUUAAAUGUCCGGAGAGUUACUGUGUACCUUUGAUGUAUGUAUGCAAUGGUCGUAUCGAUUGUCCUGGAGGACAAGAUGAAACAUAUUGCGAAUGCAAAAGUACGGAUCGGAAAAAUGUCUUCAUAAUUGUGCCAAGUUCCGAUUUCAUUCCUUUUGAUCGAGCAAAUAUUUUGUUUGAAACUGCUACAAGACUUGGCGGGACUCUUUUCUCCAAAAACAGCAAAAUCAGAGUUCUUAAAAUGAGCAUAUCUCCAGAUCCAGAUGAAAGUCCAUAUAGGUUUGACAGUUCAGAUAUUGAAAGUAACAGCGAACAUCCUAAUUAUAUAUUUGAAAGAUAUGUUCUAAAUGAGACCGACAACCCUUUUCCUGGAACUUUUCAAGACGAAACAUCUGUCAUUCUCUGGCUGUCGGAUACUCUAGAUGCCACGGAGAGCGAAAAUUACAUCUUCAAAAUUUUAGAAAGUUCAAAGCGAUCUGGACCGUUGUUUAAGUAUCGGGUCGUUAUUGCACCUUUUGCACAAAAAGCGGUGUCAGUCAGGAACCAGGCGGCUGUUACAGAGUUGCUGAUUAGAGACUACAAUGUGCUCGGGACUUUGGCGGGAGCAAAAUUAUUUCCAGAUAUUUGCACAGGCCUGCCUGUUCAAUGUGCGAACAGAUACCGAUGCAGUCUGAGCAUGGUUUGCAUCCCGCAUGAACAAGUUUGUGACGGAAGACCACAUUGCCCAUACGGUGAUGACGAAGAACUUUGCAAUUUCACAUGCCCGGAUCAAUGUUUAUGUAAUCCAUAUAUCGUCAGUUGCACUAACGUUCACGUCAGUGGCGGGGCAAUUGAAAUUCCAGUGACAACUCGUGUUUUAGACGCUAGUAACACAACUUUGCUCGGCGUUGACAUUUUGACAAAACCGGGUCGCUAUAGAUUCCCCCUUCUUGUAAUGCUGAAUCUGUCAAGAUGUGGAAUCAUGAACUUAACAAAAUCUUCUUUCGAACAUUUCUUAAAUUUGUUGAAAUUGGAUAUAAGCUUCAAUAGAUUCACAAAACUGCCUCGUGAUGUAUUUGUAAAUUUACAGCUCCUUCAAGAAUUGCACCUUUCUGGAAACAAAGAGCUAACUGUUAUUGAACCAGGCGCAUUCAAUGGUCUUAAUAUUAAGUCACUAUCUAUAAAAUAUGCAGAUUUAGAAAUGUUAUACGCAGGAACAUUUGCUGGCCUAGCCCUGAAUGUGCUAGAUUUAUCAUCAAAUAACAUCAAGCGCGUUGAAGAUUUAGCAUUCAGUUCAUUGACUAGCCAGGAAAUAAACAUUAAAGAUAAUCCAUUGACAGAUUUCAGUAAGAGAAUGUUUGAUGGUGUGACUGGUGUUGAAAGUCUAUAUACGCCCGCUUAUAAGUAUUGCUGCGUUCGGCCUGUUUAUCUCAACGAGGAAAAAUGCCUUCCCUACAAAGACGAAUUUUCUUCUUGUAAUCUCCUCAUGAGGAACACGACACUACAAGUGAUGAUGUGGACAAUAAGUUCUAUGGCUCUGAUUGGUAACCUACUGUCAAUUGCGUAUCGACUUGUCUACGAUAAGAAGAGAUUAAAAAUUGGAUAUGGAAUAUUUGUUACAAAUUUAGCCAUUUCAGACUUGUUGAUGGGGAUGUAUAUGCUUAUAAUUGUUGUGGCUGACAAGGUAUUUAUGGACAGGUAUAUUGAUGUAGACGAAUACUGGAGGAACAGUGCGUGGUGCAAGUUUGCAGGUGUAAUAUCUACUCUAUCCUCAGAAGCAAGUGUACUAUUUGUGUGUCUCAUAACCAUAGAUAGAGUACUUGUUAUAAAGUUUCCCUUUGGCGAGUAUCGUUUGACGACGUUUUACACAGUGGUCGCUGUACUUAUUGUUUGGGCAUUAUCUUUCCUCAUUACUUUGUUACCUGUUCUGUCUGUGAAUUUCUUCCAAAACAAGGUCUACAGCGACUCCGGCGUAUGUCUCGCAUUACCACUGACACGUGACGGACGACCAGGUUGGCUGUGUGCAAUUUCAGUUUUCGUUGGAUUCAACCUGAUCACUUUUAUACUCAUUGCCGUUGGACAAAUACUAAUUUACACUCAAGGUCGGAAACACCCUUUGAAAAAGAAAAUUGGGAAUGUAUCACGUAGCAACGACUUGGAAAUAGCAAGAAAUCUCCUACUUCUUGUGACAACUGACUUCUUGUGCUGGGUUCCUGUCGGACUAAUAGAUGUUCUCACCUAACACACAGGAGCAAUCAUAUUCGGAUUCUUCAGAUGAAAAUGCAAAGAUUAUUCUGGGUAUUCUACCAUACGUCAUAUCGGAAAACAGCUUACAUUCCAACAGAAGCUGUAGUUUGAACAAAGCACUGAAGAUAAAGACAUUCUCAGCGGACGAAGUUGCUUACAUCACCCAUGUCGUCGUCAGUUACUUGGCUUUACUGCAUGAAAACGGACUGGUUCUCGACAACAAUAUAGAUGAGAAAAAUAUAAUACUGCAAUUUUCACCUGGUCUGCAGAUUACAAAUAAAGUGAAGAUUACAGGAUUUCCUAAGGGAACAAAACGAGGUGAUAAAGGAAACGAUAUACUCAAGAUUGGACUACUUACUAACAGACUUUUAAGGACUAUCGAAAUCAAGUAGAAACCAUUUGUGUUUAGAAUGCUGUAUUCCUAAAAAUUGAUGAUUCAGAACCUCUCGAAGUCAAACUUUUAUCCCAGUAAUCAAUCCAGUGACUAUGUGACAUACUGGUACUGAAUUUAAGUGUUACGUUUCGUCUGUAUACUGAAAGAAAUCUCUAAAUGGCAUCAUUCGUUUUCAAAGUAUAAAGUAAAAUACUAAACAUUAUCAAUAUUGAUUACAUUUUUAUAUUUUAUUGGUUCUCUUGUAUGAUAUUUGAGCAUCGUGUGGCUCACUUCAACUUUCAAACAAUGACUGUCACAGUUACCUGGUUGUUCAAAAUGUACCAGCGUUAAAUAUGUUCAAAGUCUUUUAAACGUUUUUUGCUGUACACAUUUUUAACAAAGGCGUUUGAUACAAAUAUCUAAUCUUUUACCGUGUUUGAUUUGGCAUGACAAGAAGUAUAUUCUAAAAGAAAAAACGUGCGUGGAUUUGAAUUGAACGGCCAUUAUCACUGGAGACAACAGUUAUUAUAUUUGAACUACCAUUAGUGUGAUAUCGCAUAACAUCUUGAAAUGUUUAAAAUUCAAUUAAUUAAAAUUUAAUUGCUGUAAGAAAUUUGCACUUUUAACUUUUAAUUAAAUUCGAUUGGUUUUGAGUUUUCUUUCUCAAGUUUUUAUAUGGCAUUGUUUAUUUUAAGUUUUGAACGUUGUGGUGUUAAUUUGAUGUUUCAUAAUAGUUUUGUCGUUGAUAUUUUCAUUUUUCUUUAAAUUGAUUUUUUCACCUUCUAUUUACCGGGAUACCUAAUGGCCAUAAAGAACACUUAUUGACCUGAUAUAGUCCAUAUCAGGUUAGUAAUUCAAUAUCAGGUUAGAAUUAAUCCAAUAAGGAUAUUGUAGUUUUAGCAUUUAUUCCAGUUUUGAUAAAUUCAUCGCAUACAGCAUUAAAGUAAUCGGCAAGGCAAAUUUAUUACUUGGUUUCUAGUGGUCUUAUAUUGGUUAUAUUCAUAUCACUUACGCCUGAUAUCGAUUUCUUUUGGUGGCGUAUAUCCCGCGUCCAUCCAUUACCAGACUAUGUAACCUAGCCAGUUAUGUGUGCAACGAUUGAAAAACAUUGCUUAAAUACAUUUAGCAAAACUCCUAACUGGUCACCUAACGGUUACAAAUAUAUUUUAUAGGGAUUUCCCGAUGUCAAAGGUUCUUCAUUAUACUUUGUAAUAUACAUAUGGUGAAUUUUUUGUCCAGUAAAUAACGUUUAAAGAGUCCAACAACAUAGAAAUUAGGUUUUCCAAUAAAAGAUGUUAAUGUAAACCGUGUAUUAUCCUAGAAAUAGCACGUAUGUAUGAAAAAGCAUACAUUUGACAAUGAAAAAGAAACAAUAUUUUUUAAAAUUACAUUUCUGUAAGUUACAAAUAUCAUGACUUUUUCUAGAUAUCUAGGUUUCAUCUUAUUUUGCAAAUUUCUUUAUUGUUCCAGACGUUAAUAUGCUUUUUAUUUAAAACGUUUUAUGCGCUUACAAAAUUAGGCAGAUUUUUUAUAUGUAACAGUGUCAAAG